GAAGGAGGCUGCGCAGCCUCGGUUGGUGCCACCGCCGCCCCAGCCGGGCAUGUGCCGGCUCCUGAUGCCGCAGCCACGGAGAGGAUGAUGAAGAUGGCUCAGGUCGGAGGAGAGGUGCAAAGGGAACUGCAAGACAGCAUCCGGAAGAUUUUGAACCGACCUCCGAUCCAUCUCCUGGUGAGGGUGAAACUAGAAACCAAGCCGAAGAAAAAUGAAGACAGGGUGCUGGCUCUUACCACCUGGAGGAUCUAUCUCUUUGCCCUUAAGGUGCCGGCCAAGGUUGAAUGCUCUUUCAACGUCUUGGAGAUCCGAGCAUUGAAUGCACUAAAUCACCAUCAGAUCCUGGUGGAAACGGAGAAAGCCAACUACAGUUUGAAAUUUCCCAACCCAGAAAGUGCCGACCAGGUCACGAGACACGUCAACACUGCCUUAGCCAAAAUUUUCCCAAGUCCAGCCUCUGUCUGCCUGAUCCGCCAUGGGAAUGUGGAGACCCCCGAAACGCCGCGGGACAUGUCCCCCAACUCCGAAAGCUCCAACUCCACCACCCACAGCAUUUGCGGUGGGUUUUCGGAAACGUACGCAGCCCUUUGCGACUACAAUGGACACUCGUGCCGCGAAGAGGUGCAGUGGGAUGUUGACACUAUUUAUCAUUCGGAAGACAACCGGGAAUUCAACCUGCUGGAUUUCUGUCACUUGGAAAGUCGGGACCUAGCGCUGAUUGUGGCUGCUUUGGCUUAUAACCAGUGGUUCACCAAACUUUUUUGCAAGGACCUGCGGCUGGGUUCAGAAGUAGCGGAGCAGGUUCUGCACACGGUGAGCAAGUCCCAUCAUCUGGAGGAGCUGGUGCUGGACAAUGCAGGGUUAAAAACAGAGUUUGCUCUGAAACUGUCCUGUGUUCUGUCGGAGAACCCGAACACGGCUCUCCAUGCACUGACUCUCUCCCACAACCCGUUGGAGGAUAAAGGUCUCAUUGCCUUGAGCCAGCAGUUUUUAUGUUUCCCCAAAGGCCUCAGCAAACUCUGCCUUUCCAAGACCAGCAUCACUGCUAAAGGACUUGCCGUUCUGUGCCAGACUUUCGGUGCCAACCCCGCGUUCACCAGCUCCCUCCGCCACCUGGACUUGAGCAAAAAUCCCGGUCUCCUCGGGACAGACGAGGCCAACGGUUUCUAUUCAUUCCUGGCCCAGCCAAACGCUCUGGUUCACCUGGACCUAUCAUCCACAGACUGUGCCGUGGAUGCACUGUUUGGGGCCCUGCUCCAUGGCUGUUGCCCAAGGCUUAGCUACCUCAACCUCGCACGAAACACCUUCUCCCAUCGGAAAGGAAAGGGGCUGCCCCCUUCGUUGAAGCAGUUUUUCUGCAGCGCCUAUUCCCUCAGCUAUGUAAACCUGUCAGGCAUCAAAAUGCCCGUGGAAGCAUUAAGAUCCCUUUUCCAAGGUCUGUCGGCCAACACCCAUCUCAGCGAACUCCAUUUGGAUCUGAGUGGAUGCGAGCUGCGCUCCCCGGGGGCUCAGGUGCUUCAAGAACAGUUGCCUGGCAUCAGCGCCUUGAGUAGUCUAGACCUCUCCGACAACGGUUUUGAUGCCGACCUGCUGACCCUCGUCCCGGCACUUGCUAAGAACAAGUCCUUGAAACAUCUCUGGUUGGGGAAGAACUUCAACGUCAAAUCCCGAACGUUGGAGGAGAUCCUUCAGAAACUUGUCCAGUUCAUCCAAGAAGAAGACUGUUGUCUGCAGACUUUCUCGGUCGCCGAUUCCCGGCUGAAAACCCGCACCAGCAUCCUGAUCAACGCCUUGGGCAGCAACACUUGCCUGACCAAAGUGGACCUGAGUGGGAACUGCAUGGAAGACAUUGGAGCCAAGAUGCUGUCCAAAGCCCUGCAGAUCAACAGCACCUUGAGGAGUAUAUCCUGGGACAAGAACAAUACCACCGCUCAAGGCUUCCAGGACAUUGCCCGGGCCUUGGAAAACAAUUACACCCUCAAGUUCAUGUCCUUCCCCAUGAGCGACAUCACCGCAGCGUAUCGCAAUGCUCCCGAAAGGACGGAUGAAGUGUGGCAAAAGAUCCAGUGGUGUCUCCUCCGGAACAACCAUUCGCAGAAGUAUCCCCAGGACCAAGCUUUCCGCCUCCACCAAGGAAUCGUCACCAAUAGCGCCGAGCAAAUGAUGAGCCGCCUCUGCGUGAAAGUCCAGGAAGAAGUGCGGGUGCUGAGAACCUGCUCGGCCGAUACGGUCCAAGAAGAGGUUCUGUAUGCCAGGGAACUCAUGAAGGAAGCCAAGAAUUCGCGGGCGCUGUUCCCCAGCUUGUAUGAGCUUGGGCACAUAUUGGCCAGUGACGGGCCAGUCCGGCACAAGCUUGAGUCUGUGGCCAAUGAAGUGUCAAAAGCGGUGGACAAGGAGCUUCAGAUGAUUCUGGAGUCAAUGGUCACUCUGACGCAAGAGCUGUGUCCCCACGCCGUCCAAGCGGCUGAGGAGCAUAACAAGAUGCUGGCCACCGUUUCGGAGCGUGUCACCGUACCCCGCAACUUCAUCCGGGGAGCGCUUUUGGAGCAGGCUGGUCAGGAUAUUCAGAACAAACUCAACGAAGUGAAAUUGUCUGUCGUAACCUAUCUCACCAACACGAUUGUGGAAGAGCUGCUGCAGGAACUGUAUCAUGCACACAAGAAUCUGGCCCAGAACAUCAUCCACCUCCGAAGGCUUUCCGAGGGACAAGACAGUGUCAUCUUCCCAGAUCAGCUUGGGAAACCCCGGCUCCGCGAUCAUGAGGAGUCAAUGGAUGACGAACUCGGCUCCAACAUUGACACAAUGGCCAUCAAGAGGCAGAAAAACUGCCGGAGAAUCCGACCCGCUUCUGCAUUCAUCAGUGGAUCUGAACAAGAAGGCGAUCUGAUCGUACCCCGCAUGGGGUCCCCGCUGGGCUGGAUAUCCUUGGCCAGCAGCAGCCAAUACUCACAUUCCCGCAGCACAUCGUUCGAGGGUCUCUCCGACUUGCCGACGGAGGGCAUCCGGCUGGAGCACCGAACCCGCGGACGGCCCCGGCCUCCUCGCACCGUUCCACAGAGUGGCUUUCGUUCCCAUAACCGAAUCCUGAGUUCCAUUGAGUCCAGAGAACAAGAGAAUGGGUUGGUACCACGACUGGAUGAAGGUCUAGAUGAGUUUUUUAACAAGAAGGUGCUUGCUGACGCCAGCUACCCUCGGACCCCGAAGGGCUGUGGGGUGAGGCCGGGACCCUCCGACUCCCUCCCGCCCCUCCAGAAGAAGAGGAGACGGGGCCUCUUCCAUUUCCGCAAGUACCGGAGUGUCAAGGGGGAGCGGGACCCUGAGGACCUUCCCCCGAGCCCCCCGCCGCCCCCCAUGAGUGGGGAGGUACCGAAGCCCCCAUUGCGCCAGGCCAGCAGCCAGGAGGAAGACCGGAGGUCCGGGCAGGACAUGACGGGGUUGGCCAUACUCCUCCCCGGAAUGGGAGCCACAGCCCCGGGCAAUGGCGUAAAAGGGCUGCCAAGCAGAACUAAGCAGGGUCCCAAUCUUGAGCCCGAGUGGGCGGAGCCAGACUCCAAAGGGGUGGAGCUUCUGCAGCCUUCGCGAGUCCAAGGCGUGGCUUUGCCUGGAAUGGGAUGUGCUAAGGGGUGGAGCCUGGAUGCCAAGUUGGAGAGCGUUGACCUAGAGCGAGGAGGCAGCAUGCGGGACAAGCAGAGAAGGCGAUCCUCGGACGACUCAGGGCAAGGAGGGAGAAAACCACAUCCUCCGCUGCAGAGUACAAAGCCAAGCUUUGCCACCAUUCGUCGAGCAGAAGCCAGUUGGGACAUCGCUGAAGAAAGCUCCCCCCGGGAAGUUAGGGACAAGGAGACCUGUCAAGAUAACCCUCCAGAAGGAAAUGUUGGUGGGAUGGAUGAGAAGAGCAUGACCGCUGUGUCUUCUCCAAACUCCGAGAAGGAGCAGCCGAAGGUACCUGCCAAGUUCAGGGACCCCCCAUCGAUCCCGCGCCCUCCCAAGCCCAUCGCUCUUCCUCGGGGCCGGAAGCCCCCCAACCAGCCGGAGAGAAGCCGGAGCAACGAGGAGCCGGGAGUCGCAGGAGGGUCCGUCCCGGAAGAUACACGUACGUCCCCCCCAAUAGCCCCACCCCGACGCAGACCCAAGGAGCAGGAGAACGAAGGUGAAGCAAGGCUGGGGCGGGAGGGGAGCCUGAGGUGGGAAGGAAGACGGCCCCUCUCAAACCAAAGAGGACGCGACGGGCGCAGUCUUGUGACAAGCUGGACUCGGAUCGGUGCCGGAAUUUGGGCCCCGGAGGUGCCAGCGACGUACCUUUGCCCGACCCCCCUCCUCCCCCACCUGAGUACAACAAACCCACCUGGAAAUCUCGCCCCGCUGUUUCCCAGCCUCUCCUCCCGGCCAACUGGACGGUGGGAACUCCCGAAUCUGGGACAGAAUGACGGACAGGCGGUCCCUUGAUGUCGUCGCCAUGGCCAAAAGCUGUGAGGCCUUUUCGUCUCCUGGUGGGAAGAGCUGAACGAGAGCAGAAGAGAGAGAAAGCCCAGGAGACCUCUGAGAGACCCCAUAGAAACCGUCUACCCUUUGGUUUCCAAUCCAGUGCUGCUGCCCCUUCAUUCUUUUCCCCACUCCUCCAUUUGUGCCUGUUUCCUCGCUUCUGGGUCGGACCCCCAACCACCCCUUUUGAAAGCCAGGGUGGCAGGGGGAAAAAGCCACAAUGGAAAUAUUUGGGGGUCCUCGGAAGAGCGUGGGUCGGUACGGCCUUGUUUUGCUUGCCUUCCAUUCCUUUCUUAUUGUAUCUUCUUCCAGCUCCCUCUUUGCUGCUCCUCCUGCAUUUCGUACCCAAAUCCCCAAAGGAAACACUCCCCCCGCCCCACCUUCCGCCAUUCUAUUCACCGUUCUAUUUUCAGCUUGUAUAAAAGAAAAGAGAAUCGUAAUAAAUUAUAUAUGGAAAUUAA